CGCGGGAAUUCGUGUGUGGCACUCCAUACGAAAUAAUCCCUGACAACACACUUGUAACGUCCAGAGUGCAACUUUUCACGCCACACGAUAAGAGAACCUCCAGGAUAUGUGGUAAACGACGGAAUGUUGGUACUGGCGUAACACAGCGAAAACAUCAAGAAGAAAGAGUGUAGGGUGAUCGCUGCCAAAUAAUAGCAUCAUGUCUCUACUGCUUCUGAAAACGAAGGAUCUAUCAUGGCAGGACCACACGAUGAACGUGGAGGUGAUGCUGAAACCAAACCAGUGUCAGCUGCUGCUCAACAAGCACAAGACGCUUCAUACGAAAUACAUGCAAGCCAGAGACCUCUUUGAGAAACAGCUUCAGUCCUACAUCAAGGACUACACCCUAGAACGGAGGUUGACGGAUAGAUACAGAGAGAAGCUGACGAGCAGGAAGAGAGAACUUACCCAGCAGAGGGUGCAGUCGGCUUUUGAGGCCAGACAGAUGGCGGAGGUAGAGUUACAGAGAAUAAAAUCAGCACCAAUAACUAAAUCGAAAACUCCAUCCCCGAUCAGACAUAUCGGCAAAAGGUCGAGGGGUCUUUUCAUAACAGAAAUUGAUGAUGACAAAAUCUACAGACUUCCAUCCAUUUCCCAGAAAAAGGACAAAAAACAGGCAUUUUUCGAAGGUUUGUCAAGACCGAAAUCAAAGCCUAAACAAGACGAAAAACAAAAGACAGAACCUGAAAGUUUGGGAGAGAAAAGGUAUAUUACUCUUCCAAUAAAAUCUGAGGCAACUUUAACAGCCGAGAAACAAGCGGAAGAAAUGCAAGGUGCACUGCUUGAAAAAGUGAAAUCUUUCGUUGAAGAAAUCAGAGAAUUCAAUCGUAAACCUCCACCCCACGAAGAAUCCACGAGCGAAUCGUUAAGCUCUGCAAAAAGCAGAGGCAUCACGCCUUUGGUUGCCAAACGAUACAGUACGUUCACCGUCGAUAUGCAAAAGAUUGAAACAGCCUUCGACGACUUUUGCAAGACAAACUCUAAAGAGGAUUUACAGAAGAUGAUGAAGCUUGCGGCAAAGUUAAAAUCAAAUGUUGCCUUAGCAAGAAACCAAUCCUUAGUUCCGACCAUUGGGGCGUUUAAAUCGUCACGUGCAUUUAAACGACUUACUAAAAGGUACGACAGCUCACAACCAUGCGAAGGUGAAUGAUUCCCUGUGAUUCCUACUCAAGUUUAUCGCUAAUUGUGUGAUUGUGGAUUGGUCAAGUUUUCUAACUCCGUCUCUUUCUUUUUUUCUUUUUUAGAAAUGCCUUAAAGGGAUUCAAAACACUUUUUUUUCUUCUUUUUUUUGUUUGUUUCAAAAACAGUUGUGACUAUAAUACAUGUCAACUAGAACAUGAUAAUAUGGUAUCCUCAUGAUUUUCUGUUAUUCAUAAGCGUAAAACGCCAAGUUGUCAUCACAUCCACGUUUCAUGAAGGAUUUAUAUAUUGAGCAUAACUGUAUGAUAAAACCCAAACAAAUUCAUUUAUUGUAUAUUUACAAUAUACAUUUAAAGUACAUCCAACAUAAAAGUAAUUUUUAAAACUUAAAAUAAGCAUAAAGGCCGUGAAAACAAUGUCAGUAUAUAUAUAUACCUUGCAAACUGUCCUGGUCAGUAUAAUCAUAGAUGACCCUUAAGGCCGCAUGGAAACUAUAUGCAAAGUCAUAGUUAAAAGAAAGUUUCCUUUGCUAAUUCGAACUAUCAUUCUAGUUGUGAGCCGGUUGGGCCGAAAUUUAAAACAUUUCAGUAUAAUUUUGUUCAUGUGUUAUUUUUUAAAAAGCGAUAUGGGACAAUUUUAAUUAGCAGAUAAGGUUUCAAUGACCACUAACUCUUGUAACAUAAAAGACGAUUAAUUGGAAGGAUUUUAAACCUGUUGAUGGUCAAAACCAACAAGCAUUGCACAAUGCAUAUCUUUAUAUUUCAAUGACGCGUAAAUAGCCAUGUGUACAUAGAACCGUGAAUGAAACUAUACUUUAUGAACAAUUAAAAUUAUUACAUUACUGCAUUUCCAUGUUUUGUAUUAUUUUUUAAUAACGUAAACGGAAUUAAUAAAAUCCAGAAACUGUAUUCAUUCCUUCCUUGUUUCACCAACAAUUGGGAGAAAUGUUUUAAUAAAACGACCUGUCUGGCUCCCUUAACUUAAGGGACAUUCCCGAGUUUGCUGCAUUGUAAGAUGUUUCCGACUAAUACAAUAUGUCUACGAUUAAACUUACAUAUUAAAUGUAUUUUCUUGUUUAGAAUAUCAGUGUCUGUAUAUUCAAAGUGUU